UCUGUGUAGGGUACAGUUUGUGGCAUUAUUCUGAUAUGACAGAAUCAACUUCAUUAGCACAAAGUUAACCGGUAAUGGGUAACAGUGACUACAUGUUUAUUCACCUGAUUUAUAUUAUGUUUUAACACUUUUGUGAAUACUUGUCUGUUGUCACGACAACUUCUAUUGAAAAACAAGCAUUGGUGGAUACUUUAGUUGCGAUGCUGACAUUUUAAUGGUGCGGCACUACAGUCUAUUACGGUUAAUAAAACCCAUCAUUUGAUUGGCGCUAGUACGUGGUAGGAAAUCAACUUGCCAGACCACCAUUGGUAAAAUAUAUAUUCCUGUUCAUCUAUUGGUCCGCGUUGAGUUACCGUAUAUCUACUAAAAUAUGGCCUUAACUGUCACCAGGGUACAAAUCCAAUGCCAAAAAAAAUAAACCGGGGUACGCUGGUGUGAAAACCCAUGCACUCCCAUUGAUAACAGUCUAACGGUAGUUCGCUACAACACCGACGGAAAUUCUGUAAAUCGCGUGUCACCGUUUCUAUUGGAAUGCAACGUCAGCUUGUUAUCUAAUUGCUUUUCUUCGUUUAACAGCCAACAAACGGUUUCCAUCGAGUGCAUAUACACUUCAAUCUCUUAUUUUGUAUUAUGAACACAACAAAUACAAAAAAAAACCCAAAUAUACAAACGAGUGCAUUAAAACAGACAGGGAGGGAGUAUUUACAUAUCAAGAUUCAUUUUCAAUUUGUUAAAUACUUUUGUGCUGUAGAUACUGCCUACACCAUGGUGCGUGCAGGCCUGGUGACUGCCACCAGUCUGGCUCUGACUGGCGCUGUGAUUGCCCAUGCCUACUUUCUCAAACACCAGUUCUACCCCACUGUGGUCUACCUCACUAAGAGUAGCCCCAGUAUGGCAGUGUUGUACAUCCAGGCGUUUGUGUUGGUGUUCCUAUUGGGAAAGUUCAUGCGUAAAAUCUUCUUCGGACAGCUGAGAGCUGCAGAGAUGGAGCAUCUGAUAGAGCGAUCCUGGUAUGCUGUCACAGAGACGUGUCUGGCCUUUACCGUGUUCAGGGAUGACUUCUCUCCCCGCUUCGUAGCCCUCUUCACCCUGCUGCUCUUCAUCAAGUGCUUCCACUGGCUGGCUGAGGACAGGGUUGACUUUAUGGAGAGAAGUCCUAAUAUAUCCUGGGUCUUCCACUUCAGGGUGUUCUCUCUCAUGGUGUUGCUGGGAAUCCUGGACUUCCUGUUUGUUAACCAUGCCUGUCACAGUAUCAUCACCCGAGGGGCCUCUGUCCAACUAGUCUUUGGAUUUGAGUAUGCCAUCCUGAUGACAAUGGUGCUCACCACCUUCAUCAAGUACACCCUCCACACUGUUCACCUUCAGAGUGACAACCCCUGGGACAACAAAGCAGUCUACAUGCUCUACACCGAGCUCUUCACUGGUUUCAUCAAGGUCCUCCUGUACAUGGCGUUCAUGACCAUCAUGAUAAAGGUGCACACCUUCCCCCUAUUCGCCAUCCGGCCCAUGUACCUGGCUAUGAGGCAGUUCAAGAAAGCAGUAACGGAUGCCAUAAUGUCACGGCGAGCCAUCCGCAACAUGAAUACACUUUACCCAGAUGCCACUCCUGAAGAUCUGCUGGCUUCAGACAACGUGUGUAUCAUCUGUCGUGAAGAGAUGGUGACUGGAGCCAAGAAACUUCCCUGCAACCAUAUCUUCCACUCUAGUUGCCUUCGUUCCUGGUUCCAGAGACAGCAGACGUGUCCUACAUGUCGUAUGGAUGUCCUCCGGGCCUCUAACCCCAACCAGCCUCCCACCCCAGCGCCUGCCCAGCCUCCUGCCCCGGCAGCACCCGCCAACGCCCCUGUCCCUGUCCCUGGGAACGUUGGCCCUGGAAUGAUGCCCCACUUCCCCCCAGGACUGUUUCCUUUCUGGGGCCCCUUCCCUGGAGCGGCUCCCCCUGCUGGUGCUCCCGGUGCCCCAGGGGCCACAGACGCCCCUGGGGCCACAGAGGCAGCUCAGACUCAGGGCGCUGGUACCAGUCAUUCCACAGGGGCCAGUACAGUCGGUGCUGCUCCUGCUCCAGGAGGCCCUAUGCCUGGGUUCCCCUUCCCCUCCUUCCCACCCCCACCGUUCCCCUCAGCUCCAUGGCUGACUAUGCCACCACCUCCACCGUUUGUGUCAUCCAUGCCCCCUCCUCCCCCGGCCCUGUCCACCAUGUCAGAGACUGAGCUGAGGGAGCUGGAGCAGGAGGGCCGUAGAGGCCUGGAGGCCAGACUGCAGUGUCUCCACAACAUCCACACUCUACUGGACGCUGCCAUGCUCAACAUCCACCACUACCUCACUACCGUCGCCACGCUCACUCCUCCUCAGUCAGAAACCAACAGCGCUGCCGGCGAGGCCAGCGGAUCAUCUCCUCCCUCCACUAGUGCAGAAACCCAGGAGAACCAGGAGAAUGACUCUCAGAGCAGUACAGCCGCUGAACCUGAAGCUGUGAAUGGGGCCGCAGGUUUCUCCCAGCCAGACUCUACCACGUUGGGCGACAGUGAAGACAAGCGGGAUGAAGAGGAAGGAGAUGGAGAGGAAGUCGGCGAAGACGGAGAGCCCAACCCUUCAGAGCUGAGGCGCCGUCGUCUCCGCAAACUCGAGACCACACCCCCUCCUCCUGACCACUGAUACAUGCCUACUGAUGCAUUCUGGGAACUGACUUAUCAAUCAAUACAUUAUUGAUUACCAAUCAAUAAUAAGAGAUGUAUUUUAUUUUUCUCUUUUUCCCCUCCUGGGCUCUGCGUUUUCGUGCUGUUUAAACUCAGACAGCCAAGAGAGAGGAAGAAGGAACAACCGUUUUUGUUGUUGGAACAUAUUAUUUUAUUUUUCAACUGCCUGACAUCUUAUGAUCCAUAUGCAGGUGUUUUGUUUCACCACUCUUCACCCAAUACUGAGGAGUGAUAUUCAAACACACAGACCGAACUUCUUCAAAUUACAGACCUGACCGGAGACCGGACUUCUUCAAAUACAGACCUGACCGGAGACCGAACUUCUUCAAAUACAGACCUGACCGGAGACCGGACUUCUUCAAUUACAGACCUGACCGGAGACCGGACUUCUUCAAAUACAGACCUGACCGGAGACCGGACUUCUUCAAAUUACAGACCUGACCGGAGACCGGACUUCUUCAAAUACAGACCUGACCGGAGACCGGACUUCUUCAAAUUACAGACCUGACCGGAGACCGGAAUUCUUCAAAUACAGACCUGACCGGAGACCGGACUUCUUCAAAUACAGACCUGACCGGAGACCGGACUUCUUCAAAUACAGACCUGACCGGAGACCGGACUUCUUCAAAUACAGACCUGACCGGAGACCGGACUUCUUCAAAUACAGACCUGACCGGAGACCGAACUUCUUCAAAUACAGACCUGACCGGAGACCGAACUUCUUCAAAUACAGACCUGACCGGAGACCGGACUUCUUCAAAUACAGACCUGACCGGAGACCGGACUUCUUCAAAUACAGACCUGACCGGAGACCGGACUUCUUCAAAUACAGACCUGACCGGAGACCGGACUUCUUCAAAUACAGACCUGACCGGAGACCGGACU